AUGACCAUAAUAGACUGGAUCGUUCGUCUGUUUUCACAAAACCCACGCCAAAAGCAGCUUUCGAACCUGGAACUCCUUCCUCGCGAACUAUUACUCCACAUCAAUAACUUCCUCACAACCGCUGACAUUAUCUGCCUCAGGCUAUGCAGCCGAACACUGAACCAUUUCACAACAAGCUUUUACGACCUCAAGCAAACCCGAGACAGGUCCCUAGCGCUUUUAGUCCUGACAAGGCUGAUCCGAGACUCCCCCCGAAUGUUCUGCUGCCACUACUGCGCCAAGUUGCAUCCUAUCACUGACGUCCUCCAUCCAGCAAGUUCUAGAAUUCUUCACCAUGCGUGCCCAGACCUAGGAAUAUUACACGAAAAUGGUCCACAACCUUGGAUUAGGUGGAUAGUAUCUGUCCACUGCCUACCCACCCAUUACGACUUCCGUCACUGCCACCUGGCCGCUGUCCUGCAGAACUACAAAUGUGGCGGCCGAUACGGCAUCAACGCAGAGUCCUUGGCCUACACCGAGGUGGUUGAUUAUCCUCAACAACCCGCAAUAACGACACUGCUAUCAGUGGAAGGACGCGUCUGUACACCUGCCGGAGCUCGCCAAAUUCCAUCGCUAGUGCUGCAACCACAGCACUGGGUUCUCUUUCAUGAUCUAGAGAUGGUCUCGGAUAACGACCUCGACGUUCUUAUUUCAGUACUCGCCAAGUUGAGUGUUUGCAACUGGCUAAGUGCUGGGCGUGGGAAGAUUGGGGAUGUUAUCCAAUCUGCCAUUCGGCAACGGGGAUUCUGCUGGGAUGAGGCAUCCAUCGCAGAGGGGUAUAUGCGGUGCUCUCAUUGUGGAGUGGAGUUCCAGAUUGCCCUUCGAGACUGUGGCGGGGAUGGAAAGGCAGUGGUAAUCACCAAAUGGCUAGACCUUGGAGCUGGAAUGGAUAUUGAGGAUCCGAAGUGGAAGAAAGCUACUUUUAAUUCCAUGAUAGAACCUAUAUACGAGCGUGCUGACGCCAUGUCGAGCACGGGGGAGUUGAAAAACAACGCUAGCCAAGCUCCUAAGCAAGAUUGUUCUAUCACAAUAAAAGGCUCAGAGCUCCUUUUCAAAUGUUCCCCCUGCUCCCAUGGACAAUCACCAAGUCCAGAAAGAACCUCGCUCCUGCCCAGAAUGGAAACUACCCAUGGCGAAGGCCAACGAGUAUCUUCCGCAUGCCCCCCAUCUAGUACUUCCGUACGUGUCCAAGCUUUUGACAUUAUGGGUUCUGCAGAUAUCAUCUCUAUUCUGGGAACGCUGGGUACUUGGGUUGGGGCGCUCCGUCCCGACCUUGAAAUCCUACUGCGUUACAUUAUUCGGCAAUUCACACCCAUUCCAUCCUCAUCUCAAGAGCGCAUUGUCAAGGUCCUCGAGUCUAUUGCCAAAGAUCAAGGCUCCCAUCUGGUCGUGUGCCGGGAGUCGUUGCUCCUGCAACAGCAGGAGAUCAAUGGCUUGAAGGCACAACUUGACGAUGUGUGUCGGUUGUUGGAGGCGAAGCGUACCGACCUCAGCGAGCUGAAUGUCAGACAGUUUCCCACCAGGACGUGA